AAUGGCGGAAGAAGAGACAAAACCCACCACCACCACCGAGCACAAGAUUUCCGAGUCCAGUAACGAAGAUACUUGUCCAGACACCGCCGCACCCGUCAGUCCGGAGGACGAGGCCUACAAAAUCAUCGCCGCCAUUGACUUCGGGACCACCUUCAGCGGGUACGCCUACGCCAUGACGUCUAACAAGGAGACCAUAUACACCAAUCGGAACUGGGGACAGACGCAGGGAUUUCUUCUACAGAAAACACCCACGUGUCUUCUAUUGAAACCCAAUGGCGAGUUUGCAGCUUUUGGAUUCGAAGCCGUAUCCAAGUACAGCGACCUGACCGAGGAAGACGCCGCAGAACAUUACUAUUUUGACCGCUUUAAAAUGAAACUGUACGAUAACAAGAUUCUGAGUACUGAGAUCGUCGUUCAAGACGUUAACGGCAAGGAACAAUUGGCAGUGGACGUCUUCAGCCAAUCUCUGCUCUUUAUGAAGGGGCACCUGUUACGUCAGCUGGCGGGAGCUAUGGGUUACGAACCGGACCUCAAAACCAUUCGAUGGGUCAUUACUGUACCAGCAAUCUGGGACGAAAAUGCCAAACAGUUCAUGAGAGAAGCAGCUUACAAGGCAGAACUGAUUGACAAUACCCAUAGUAACCAGCUACUGAUCGCCCUUGAACCCGAGGCUGCGUCCUUGACCUGCAGAACCAUUCAGGCCAACAGCUUUAUAAACAAUACGGAUAAUCAGACGCCAAAACCAACAUUUGAACCAGGAACCAAAUACAUAGUAGUAGACGCCGGAGGUGGGACGAUAGACAUUGUGGCACACAAAGUGAGGAAGGACGGGAAAAUCCGCGAACUUUUCCGCGCUACGGGAGGAGCGUGGGGUGGUACCGUCAUAGACCAGCAGUUUAUUAACCUCUUGUUUCGAAUCUUUGGAGAGGAAUUCAUUAAGGCUUUUCACUCCCAGUUCCCGAAAGACUAUGUGGAAUUAUUGCAAGAUUUUGAAAUCAAGAAACGCGGCGAGAGUGAGAGCGUAAGAGUUUCCCUUCCCUACAACUUCUGUAAUUUCUCCCACGAGGGCAAAUCUGUACAAGACUGCAUAAAACACUACGCCGAGAAAUCGGGCCCCGCAGUCAAGUUUUCCUCGGGAAAGCUAGUGUUAUCCUCCGAAACAGUCGACUCUCUUUUUAAAGACCCUCUUGACCAAAUCAACGAUCACAUUGAGAACUUGCUAAAACGUCCUAAGCUCCGCGACCUAAACUACAUUUUUCUCGUGGGAGGGUUUGCGGAGUCUGCUAAGCUACAGUCUUCCAUUAAGAAAGCGUUCAGUGAUAGAGUUACCGUUCUUGUGCCUGAAGAAGCGAGUUUGGCGGUUGUGAAAGGCGCCGUGGCGUUCGGCUGCGAUCCUAGCUCCAUCUGUCAGAGAAUAUGUCGUUACACGUACGGAGUUGGGUCCUAUCUACCGUUUGAGGACGGCAAACAUCGAGAUGAUCUGAAGGUUGUAUCAGACGAACUAGUGCUGUGCAAAAACAUCCUACAGGUGUGGGCCGAGUGCGGAGAGGUCAUCGGACAUAAUGAAGUUUGGCGGGAAACCUACACACCUAUUAUUACCAAUCAGAGAGGGAUCAUAUUCGAGUUUUUUAAGUCGGGGAAGAAGAACGUUCACUACACAGACGAGGAGAGCGUGGAGAAGUGCGGGUGUCUGGUGGUGGAGAUGCCGGAUAUGACGGGGGACAAGGAGCGCGCAGUCGACCUCGAGGUCAUUUUUGGCGGGACAGAGAUCAAGGUCGUAGGAUACGAUCACACCAGUAAAACUCAUAGGGAGACUUAUAUAGACUUCCUUACGUCUUAAAACACAGCUUAAUUAGACGAUGUAAGUGUACCAGCUUCUAAACCAAACUAACAUGAAAAUCCAAGGACCUAGAUAUAACCGGUAUCAACUUAGCCCGAUUCAGUGUGUCAAAAGUGCUUACGCCAUCCAUGUGUUCAUCUUGAGCUACUUUUAUUUUUACUUAACUACCUUAAGUCAGCAUUACAUUCCACCAAGAAUAUUUUGCAAAUCACUGUCCUUCUCUUGUGAAUCUUGUAUAUAUCUUUACUUUGCAUAAAAAAUAAACAAAAUAUAUAAAUUUA